AAUUUGUUUUCCUUUGUUUCUUGAGCCUCUCUUCAACCAUCAAUUUCUUCGAUUUGGUGAUCUGCUUUCUCAGACCCAAAAAACGAAAAGAAAAGAAAAAGGGGGGGUGUUGAUCUUUGUUCUUGAGCUGAUUGGGGUCACUGAAAAGUGACUAAUGGCUGAAAAUUUUCUACUGGGGAUUCUUGAGAGAGAGAAAGAAAGGGGUGAUUGAUUGGGAUCGUUUAUGGAGAUGGGUUUGUGAGAUUGAUGAGGAUGAUGAUGAGUGAUUGUUGAAGGGGUUGAGAAUUUAUCUGUAUAGAUAGGGAUUUUUGGGGUGUUGGAGGGUUUUGCUUUGAUUUGUGUGUGGAUUUGAUAUGGGUGGGUGUUUUCCAUGCUUUGGAUCAUCAAACAAGGAUGGGAAUGGUGUGAAGGAAGUGGGGAAGAAGGACUCUGUAAAAGAAUCAUCAGCUGCUCAGUCUCACCAUGUGACCAGAGUUGGUUCAGACAAAUCAAAAUCGCGUAGUAAUUCUGAUCCCAAGAAGGAUCCUAAGAAAGAACCAGCAGUUCAAAAAGAUGGACCAACAGCACAUAUCGCUGCACAGACGUUUACAUUUCGUGAGCUCGCUGCUGCCACAAAGAACUUUAGGCCAGAGUGUCUUCUGGGUGAAGGUGGGUUUGGACGUGUUUACAAGGGGCGCUUAGAAAGCACAGGACAGGUAGUUGCCGUGAAACAGCUUGAUCGCAAUGGCCUUCAAGGAAAUAGAGAGUUCUUGGUGGAGGUUCUCAUGCUUAGCCUCUUGCACCAUCAGAACCUUGUCAAUUUGAUUGGUUAUUGUGCUGAUGGGGACCAGCGGCUCCUUGUUUAUGAGUUCAUGCCAUUGGGAUCUUUGGAGGAUCAUUUACAUGAUCUUCCACCAGACAAAGAGCCUCUGGACUGGAAUACAAGGAUGAAGAUUGCAGCUGGUGCAGCAAAAGGUCUAGAAUAUUUGCAUGACAAGGCUAACCCUCCUGUUAUAUACCGAGAUUUAAAAUCAUCAAACAUCCUUCUAGGUGAGGGCUAUCUUCCUAAGUUAUCGGAUUUUGGGCUUGCAAAACUAGGUCCUGUUGGUGAUAAGACGCACGUCUCAACCCGGGUUAUGGGGACAUAUGGUUAUUGUGCUCCUGAAUAUGCUAUGACUGGUCAACUCACGCUCAAAUCUGAUGUCUAUAGUUUUGGAGUCGUGUUUCUAGAGCUUAUUACAGGGCGCAAGGCUAUUGACAACACCCGGGCUGCAGGAGAGCAAAAUCUCGUUGCAUGGGCAAGACCACUUUUCAAGGAUCGCCGGAAGUUUCCCAAAAUGGCUGAUCCACUUUUACAAGGUUGCUAUCCAAUGCGAGGACUUUACCAAGCACUUGCCGUUGCAGCCAUGUGUUUGCAAGAACAAGCUGCUACAAGGCCUCUGAUAGGUGAUGUUGUGACUGCUUUAACAUAUUUAGCCUCCCAAACCUACGAUCCAAGUGCACCCACGGGUCAUAGUAAUAGAGUUGGUCCAUCUACUCCUAGAAGCAGGGAUGACAGAAGGAGCAUGGCCAAUGGGCUGGAUAGUCCAGACGAGUCUCGACGAGGAGGACGCUACGGCUCGCCAUCCAACCAUAAGAAUUCUCCUGAUUUCAGAAAGAGAGACUCUGCAAGGGAAUUGAAUGCCGGUGCAGAGUUAGGUGGGAGUGAAACUGGUGGUGGAUCUGGGAGGAAAUGGGGCAUGGAUGAAGUGGAACGUCAGGACUCUCAGAGAGACAGCCCCAUUAGCGCAGGGAGAGCAAGAGAGACUCCAAGGAACCGAGAUCUAGAUAGGGAACGGGCGGUUGCCGAGGCGAAAGUGUGGGGUGAGAAUUGGAGAGAAAAAAAAACGAGAAACGCAAUGGGUAGCUUUGAUGGUACAAACGAGUAAUUUGAGCAAGAAAGCCUGAGGGGCAUGUCGCUUUGGAUGAUUUGGAUGGUCAUCAGGAAGAAGAAAAAGGGAGGAGAAUACAGAGAAAUGUCAUAACUUUUACUGUUGUGGUGUCAGUAUUUGCCCCGGUAAUAAUGUUUAUAUCCGAUUUCAACUGUUGUUGGUUGUCCUAAUUAUCAUUCACAGUUCAAAGAAGUCAGUCUCGUGGGGUUAGUGCUGUGAUUUUGGGCAUUUUACAGGUAGACCCCGCUAUGGAAUGAUAUAUGUGACGUGUUAAAUUAUGUAUUUAGGUUUUUUUUAUUGGAAAGUUGGAUGAUACAGAAGAGAAGAUUGGAAGAUGUUUCAUUUUGCUAUGACCCCCACCCCCAUUAUAUUGUGUAUUGUAUCAUUGUAUGUGUAUGAUUGUGGGGAAAUUUAGUGAGUUUGGUUUGGGAGUCCCAUUAUUCUUAUGGCUUUGUACUUGGAUGUAGUCAUGUGUAUGGAUUCUGAGUUUGUCAUGUUUUCGGCUUAAUACAAAGAGGGUUCAUCAUUCUCCAUCAAA